AAGAAACACAAAAUGAUAUCGUCUGCCAACAAUCCACAUUCAUUACUUGCGUCUGGGACGUGGCCGUGAUCGCAUCAUUGCUUUCGCUCUCUGCGGACUUAGCCAACAGGUUGUCAGUGUCGUUCUACAUCUAUAUAGUUGCUUUUUAUUCUGUGUUCAACCUUAUGUAGUGAUCGUUCAAACAACUCGCCUGUGUUAAAGCCAUCACAAAGGGAAAUAACAAGGUUUAUUUUGGAGAUUUAUUAAUAGAACUCUUUAAAAAUUUUCAUUUUUAAUAAGUGACGUGAUACGAUUCGUGAGUUUGGUUUACUUUCAUGAGUCUUGAAUUAAUCUGAACCUUGCCAUCAACUCAUUAUCCAUGAUGACAGAAUCGGAUUUAUCCUCUCCCACGUCGACAUCAUCUUUUGGUGACGUAAGUCCGAAGAAAAUGGAAGACAAGGCCAACUACAGAAAGAGUAACAAGCCUAUGAUGGAAAAGAAGAGACGUGCUCGAAUCAACUCAUGUCUGACUCAGCUCAAGACUCUAGUCCUGGAGGCCAUGAAGAAAGAUAACUCUCAGUAUUCAAAGUUGGAAAAAGCUGACAUUUUGGAACUUACUGUAAAACAUUUAAAAAAUGUUCAACGCUACCAAGGAAACAAUAUGGCUCAAAUGCCGGAUGCUAUCAGUAAGUACAGAGCUGGAUUUAAUGAAUGUGCCAACGAAGUGAUGAGAUACCUGGGCGAGUCACAAGGCGUGAACAACGACGCACGCGCCAGGAUUCUCUCCCAUCUGGCAAGCAUCUUAACUCCCUUGAACAAUCUGCCAGUCCAACAAGGAAACAGUCAGGUCAUCCUUCCAGCGCUGGCUCCAGCACAGCAACAGCAACAUUACCAGCAGCUCCAGCUUCACCACCUACAGCAGCAACAGCAGCAGGGCGUUUUCAUGAGCCAGGCCACGCAAGUGUUAGCCAUAGACGCCAACAAUAAUAAUCGGAUGGUGUCUGCCCCUUCCGUAUAUCGCCCGCCCCAUGGCAGCAACGCUGUGGUCUCUGACUCGCCCACGGCAUUCCAGACACCCGUUUCCACGGGCAUGAGCGGCACGGCCAGCUUGCAGAUUCCCUGCAUUGCUGCAACGGCGAUGGAGACAACGCAGUUUCAGCUGGUACCAAGCAAUUCUGGGCAAGUGGCUCUGGUGCUCACACCGCAGGCCAUCCCAGCCAUCAAUGUCUACGCCACGCAUCAACCAGCCAGGCAACAGCUCACCCUUGAACGCGUCAAACUAGAAGUUCCCAGCAACAAUACCGAGGACGUCAAACCCCGUCUUCAAACCCAGCCCAACCCUAUCCCCUUGGUGAUGAAGUCUUCCAAACUUCCCAAGACGGAUUCAGCCAUAUCCGGCCCUUACAAAAGACCGAUUUCCCCCCAAGAAAACUGGCCUACGCCCAUUGCAAUCUCGCCUUCUCCACAUGACCUGAGGAAAAGCUACGCGGUUGAUGCUGCUGCCUUCAAGUCUGUUCCACUUACCAAUGUCUCCGCUAACAACAGUUUACCAAUCUGUAGCUUGGAUAUUAACGAGAACAACAACAGCGGACACUCCAAAAACAACAACAUAGUUCGUGCCACAUCAACCUGGAGACCGUGGUGAGGGGAGUUUGUAACGCAAAAAUGAAAAUACUGUAUACCAUCCUUAGAUUGUUCUUCAAUAUGUGAAGACAUUUAGAGUGUUUGUAGGAAAUAACAUACAUAUUCAAGGUUAACGCUUACUGAUUGGGAUGUGCAGUAGCUAUUAAUGAAAUAGUACAGUAAUCUUUUAGAAAACAAAAUCACUUAAAUUAAAGUAACCAUUUCAUAUCUUGUGCUGUAUGCGGGCAGAUGAUGUAAAGGUCAUCUGUUUCUGUGACCCACGGUUAAUGAGGACUAAAGCAGCCACAACAUCAACCAACCGCCUUGCUUAUACCAAGAACCUAUUAGAGUUGGGUGGACUCGGGGUGUCCUUAAAAUCCCAAAGUUAACAAAAAAAUAUUCUUUACCAGGAUUCGAACUCAAGACCCUGUGGUUAGGGAGCUAAGUGCCUAACCACUUGACCACCAUGCCCUCUAUUAUUAUAGAGACACGAACUGCCAUUCAGGGACACUACAAGUGUGGAGAUUGUUACAAAAAAAAACAAAAUUUAGUAUAGUCUUCCUUUAACAAUGUCCACUAAGGAAUUUUUGUAUGGCUGAUGGAAAUAUUAGAAAGUUUUUUUUUUUUUUUUAAUUAAACAUAGAUCUUCUUCCUGUUGUUUGUUGAGUACAACUCGUUUCGCCACGCCCCUUGACCUUUUUCAAGUGGUUCAUUGCCUUUCUUCUUUAUAUUACCAAAGUCGCAUGCAAAUUUCCAUCUUAUAUUGUUUAUAUGUUUAUUCAAUGUUUUCUUCACUGAUUAUGUUCCUGUAACAAACUGUCAUUCCUUUCUACAGCUUAGUACCUCCAUACCAUGAUAUACAAUUCCUACCUUGUUAUAGAUACGCAUUAGACUAUGACAUUCUUAGUUUGUUGUACAAGUUAUCACGAGGCUAUUGAUGAACAUGCAAAACCAUUUAUUUAAAAUACACACAAUGAACACAAAAUUAUUUUUUCUUUUAGCAAUAAUGCAGGAAUCAAAGUUUUCACACAUUUUGGGCUGUGUCUUUAUGUGUGAAUCAUUAGUUGUUGUUUUUUUAGAGAAAAUAAAAGAGCGUGCAUAAAUUAAAAAUGCUUGUAAUGAAAAUGGCUUGAACUCAAUGUGAAAUGUUACAAGUUUGUAAUUAUUUUUUUUAUAUAUAUGCUGUAUGUAAGGUUUAAUUGAUCACUAAUUGUUGUAUGUGUGGUUUAUACGACUACUGUGUAUUCUUUCACUAGUAUAUGCCAAUUAUAUACAAUUAUAUUCGGUGCAUUUUGUUGGGUUGUAUUUUUAGUGCACCAUAUCUUCAAUUACAUAAGCAUACCUGCUGUGCCUUAUCUUUUCAAAUAUCACUCCAUCUAUAUUUUAUAUUAGUCUCAUAACUCUUAAAAUCUUUCAUUGAUAGCCUUACUACAAAUUUGACUUCCUACAAACUUUAAAUGAUUUUCUUUGCCAGAUUGGAAUGUACUAGACUCUGGCUUUACCAUCACGUGACAAUCAAAUUUAUUGGUUCUUCCUACUGAUGAAAUGCUAUAGACUAUGGGUUUCUUACUACUGAUGGAAUACUAUAGGCCCUGUGGUUUUUAACAUUCAUGCAAUACUAUCGGCCUACUGAUGCAAAAAUAUAGGCUGGGUAUAGGCCCUGGGGUUCAUACUACUGAUGAAUUACUAAAGGCCCUGGUGUUUUUAAUAUUGAUGGAAUACUAUAGGCCCUGGGAUUCUUACUACUGAUGAAAUACUAUUGGCCGACUAUAGGCCCUGGGGUUCUUACUACUGCAGGAAUACUAUAGGUCCUGAGAUCUUAAUAUUGAUGGUGUUUUAUAGGGCCGACUGUUGGUAUUGGUUUUAAUGCUAAUACACUUGUAUGUAUACCUACUAUGUGGCAUGACUGUAUGAUAAUUCCAUGUAUAUGUUUCCAUUGUUUCUCUUCAACACCCGUGUGUUCACUUAUAUGAUGUCUUUACUCUGUGAUAUUACAAUGACGGGACCAACUCCAUGAUAAAUAAACUCAACAUUUGUU